CCGAGCGGGCUUGUACAAAAAGGAAAGAAAAAAAAAGAAAUGAGAACAGAAGGAUAAAAAAAAGGACCGAUCGAAGGCCGGUAAUCGCGUGGCCGUGUUUUAAUCGCACUUCGCGGCGUUAACCGUAAGCCUUCGUUGCCUAUCGACGAACACGAGUCUCAGCGAUAACACGGUUGAGAGAAAAUAGUAAUCGAGCGACAGCUCUCGCAGAGUCCGCUUUCUAAGAAGAGAUAAGCGCCGAGUUCGAGCGUACGCGCACUUGUCGCGCGAGAAAUCAUAUACGUAUACAUACCUAUAUACAUAUGUAUCUUUCUCUCGCAUCGGUCGACGAUCUAAUCCAUGAGCAAUUACCACUUUCAGCGAUACCAUCCGACGUAGCGAAAGAAACGAAUACACACAGAGACACGAAAGCACACGCCAUUAAUGAAAUCCCGUGCCAUCCCACGUUCACGGUCCUCCCGUCGAGGUGGGCGUCACCAUGUACGUCUUGAGUAUCAGCUCGCUAUCCGAAGUGAAAAUGGACUUUACGUUGGAUUUUUACUUUCGACAAUUCUGGACGGAUCCACGACUCGCCUUCACGCAACAGAAAGGCGUCGAGACGCUCAGCGUCGGCUCCGAGUUCAUCAAGAACAUCUGGGUACCGGAUACGUUCUUCGUGAACGAGAAGCAGUCGUACUUUCACAUCGCUACCACCAGCAACGAGUUCAUUCGUAUUCACCAUUCCGGGAGCAUCACACGUAGCAUACGCUUAACGAUCACGGCAUCGUGUCCAAUGAACUUACAAUACUUCCCGAUGGAUCGUCAACUCUGUCAUAUCGAGAUCGAGAGCUUUGGAUACACAAUGCGCGAUAUUCGGUACAAAUGGAACGCCGGCCUACUGUCGGUCGGCAUCUCGAACGAGGUGGAACUACCGCAGUUUCGCGUGCUCGGUCACAGGCAACGACAGACAACAAUACACCUAUCGACAGUCGGAUACACGAUGAGGGACAUCCGGUACAAGUGGAACGAGGGUGCUAACAGCGUCGGUGUCAGCAACGAGGUCUCCCUCCCACAGUUCAAGGUCCUCGGGCAUCGGCAACGAGCAAUGGAGAUUAGUCUUACCACCGGAAAUUACUCGCGGCUGGCCUGCGAGAUCCAGUUCGUACGAUCGAUGGGCUACUACCUGAUCCAGAUCUACAUACCCUCCGGGUUGAUCGUCAUAAUAUCGUGGGUGAGCUUUUGGCUAAACCGAAACGCGACCCCCGCUCGGGUGGCCCUCGGAGUAACCACUGUGCUCACUAUGACGACCCUAAUGUCCUCGACGAACGCGGCGCUACCAAAGAUCUCCUACGUCAAGUCCAUCGACGUCUAUCUGGGCACCUGCUUCGUCAUGGUCUUUGCCUCGUUGCUCGAAUACGCCACGGUGGGUUACAUGGCAAAGCGGAUUCAAAUGCGGAAGAACCGCUUCCAGAAGAUAGCGGAAAGCAUGAAAGCGGCGAGGGAAAAUCCAGGACCACCGGGUGUACCCGGUGAUCAUGGUGAUCACGCGCCUAAGCAAACUUGGUCCCGUGUUGUCCAGGAGGUGCGGUUCAAGGUGCACGACCCGAAGGCACACAGCAAAGGUGGCACGCUCGAAAACACCAUUAAUGGUCGGGCCGACGAGGAAGCGGCGCCUGCACCACAACAUCUCAUUCAUCCUGGCAAAGAUAUUAGCAAACUAUAUGGCAUUACGCCAUCAGACAUCGACAAGUAUUCCCGCAUCGUAUUCCCGGUGUGCUUCGUUUGCUUCAACCUGAUGUACUGGGUCAUUUACCUGCAUAUUAGUGACGUAGUCGCGGACGACCUGGUGCUGUUGAAGGAGGCGAAGUAGAGCACGGGGACAUCGGCUGCUGUAUCGCGGCUCGUAGCGACGAAAGAACGGAUGAAGAGGAAAAGAAAGAUGAAGGAAACUCGCACGAUAGGACGAGCACGGAAGGACGAAAGCGAAAUAAAAAAAACGUGCUCGAACGAGUGCGAGUUCGUCAACGGCCAUUUCCUCUCGUACUGGUACGAAAUCCAGAAUCCGUUCUCGUCGCAUCGAAUCGGCGUUACUUAUUCGAACUCUUCCUUAAUUCGAACUAUUCGAAACGCACGACGCGCAUACGUGAAAAACGCGCUUAUUUAUAUCGCGAUGAUAUACAUUAACGAUAACGAAAACGAAAGUGGUGCAAACGAGAAAAUUGCUCGAGGAUGAAGAAGAUUAACAAAAAAGAAAGAAGAAAUUCAAUAUAAAAAAGGGACGAUCUUUCGAGCAAGUGAAACGCGUUAUAGCGCAUCAUUAACAUACCUUAAACAUUGCCAGUUUAGGUAAUUCUUUAGGUCUUAAUGAGACCUUAUAUAUAUACAUAUAUAUACAUGUAUAUAUAUAUGUGUGUGUAUAUAUGUAUAUGUAUAUAUAUGUAUAUAUAUACAUAUAUAUAACAAUAUAUAUAUACAUAUAUAUAUAACAAAUUCGUCAAUUUAGCUACUAUUAUAAAAUAGUAAAGUUAAUUAAUGAUAAGACAAAGAGAAAGAGAGAGACGAAAAAGCUUCAAAUAUCGUCGGCUCGGAGCAACGCUUCGACGUACAGAAACAACUUCGGGGAGAAAGACUAGAAGGGGAGAUCGAAGAUCGGAGAUCAAGACAUUCGAACGUCGACAUCGCUGCUGGCCCUUGGAAGGAAGAAUGAAGAGGAUCUCGGAGUCAAUAGGAAAGCAGAGCACGAGGCUUUGAACGUUGGAACGAUAGAACGAGGGUUGGUAACGAUCGCCUAGGUAAUUAACGAGUCGGCCGAAUUAUCGUCGCGCGAUAAGAAAAGCGGCCAAACAAUCAAUAUAUCAAGACGCGUAUUACCACGGGCUGAGCACGUCGGAGAAUACGAGAGGUAAGUUUACACCUCGUUAGAAAAAAACAAAAAAAAAGAAAAAAGCGAAUGACAAGAGAGAGCACACACAACUCGUCUUUUAUACUUUUUCUCCGCUAGCAGCGAACGCGUAAGGAAAAAUCUGCGCCCGACGUGCUCCGCGCGAGUGUUCCAAGGAGAAGGGAAAAAAUCGAUCGAUCGAUUCGCCGACCAAAUACAACGAGCAGAAAAGACGAAACGUAUCCUUUGAUCCCCCCGCGUUCGUUUCUUUCAUAUAACGCGUAUUAUAAUAAUAAUGAAAUUAUAUAAAUAUCGACACACACUUCCACGUCCGCCCCACCGGAAGCAUUAUAUACAUACAAUUUAUAUAAUCGUACACCCGCGUUAUCCGCGUUAUCCAGUCUUUAAGGAAGAAGAAAAAGGAUUAAUUAAGAGAGAUAGAAACAGAGAGAGGACAAUGAAAGAAAAGAGAUCGAGAGGAGGAAAAGGAACCCUAGCAAUAUAAGUCUAUACAUAUAACGAUCUAAGAUGCAUUUAUUCAUACGUAUAUUUAUCGCGUAUGCAUACAUGCGUACCUCACGCGUUUCUACGCGUGUAUAUAUAUAUAUAUAUAUAUAUAUAUAUAUAUAUAUAUGCGUAUUAUAUAUUACGUGUGCCUGUAUUGUUUAUUACGUUUGAGAUUUUAACGGGCCAUGGACGAACAAGAAGGCUAUUUUUUCCAUUGUCUAGAAAGUUCAAGCAUCCUAUUUCAAAUCGUCCCGAUGAGACGAGCAUUUGUCGUUCCUUUCGAGAGCUCGGCCGCCUACUGUCGGACACGAGUGUCGAAAUAUCCCUUUGUACAUGAUCCUUUUUUCUAUGCUGAUAACAGACAACGGAGCUCACGUAAAGAACUGACGAAUCUCGUCAAAGCCGGACGAUAUUCAAAAAAGAUUAAAUGGACGAUAUUCAUGAAAAGAUUAAAACGCGCGCUCGCGCACGCUUUCAAUUAAACGCUCGUCAUUAAAAUUAAGUCGAUCUUACGAGCGCUCCUUAAUUAAUACUUCACAGCUUUCCUUUCAACCGUCUAAUUAUUACAAUCUCGUGGCACGAACACGAUUAAACGAAUUCGUAACCUUUCGGAGUUUUACUCCUAUUUACAUAGAAACUCGAUUUCACAUGAACGCUUCAACGACUGUUAACUUCAACUUUUAACGGUUAAAAGAAGAUUAUGAAGCAAAGUAAGAAGAAUUAUAUCGCAUUGAUGGAAAUUCGAAGGUUAAUUAUUCGUCUUUAAUUAAUAAUCAUAAAGCAUACCUACCUAUUUAUUCGUCGAUCUUCUAGUUCGCUCGUGGCCCCACCGUUUAUUAUGGAUAUUAUUAUUACCUUUAUUGUAUAGAGAUAAAUAAAGAAAUAAAUCAAAUAUAUAUAAAUGUUUUAAAAAAAGAGAAAAGAAAAAGAGAUCUCUGUCCUCUGGCAGGAUAUAAAUUUAUGUUAUCAGCGGGAAUCUAUAUAUCGCGAAUUAUUAUUAUUCUAUUCUUAUCAUUAUCAUGAUUAUUGACAUUAUUAAUAUAUUAAUAUAUUAAUAUAUUAUGAGAAUAAAGUAAUAUCGUUGAAAACUCGAAGAGCAGGACGAAGGUACUGUAAACUCGAAAUAUAUUAAAAGGGAAAAGAAAAAAGAUAAGAGAACGACGAGAAGCGAGGAGAUAGAAACUAUUAUUACUAAUACAAAUCGAUCACCUUGUAAAUACGAGUUUUAUACGGAACAUUGUAUUCGUUCACCAAAAAAAGAGGAGCAAAAAAAUUACGAGAGAGAGAGAGAGAGAAAGAGAGAGAGAGAGAGAGAGUAUCUAUUACAAAGUAAUAUAUAAAAUACACAUAUACAUAUUACAUAUACACAUACCAUAUAUAUAUAUAUAUAUGUAUAUUAUAUAUUAUAUAUAAGUAUACACACACGCAUACACACGCACACACAAAAUGUAGUGCACACAAGAUUGUGACUGUUCGCACGUACUUACGUAAAUCAAUUAAGAAUAAGCAAACAAAAAUGAUAUAAAUAUAUAGGAAGUAUAAGCAGAAAGAUAAUAAACCAAAAGUAAAUUAGAAGAACGUUGGGGGAUCAAAGUCGAUACGCAUGUUCACUCGUUCGUUCGUUCGUUCGUUCGUUCGUUCGUUUUUUAGUAAUAGAAGAGAAUAGGGGAAAGAGGAGAGGCGGAUAAAUUUCGAAAGGCGGUCGAUCGUGGUAAUCGAUUUUAUCCUAUCGAUUAAUUACAGAGGCAAUCGAUUAGCUUAAAUUACUUAUCGGAAACAAAUAAAUAGAAGGAAAAAGAAAAAAAGAAAGUGGUGUGAUAAACACGGCCGCGGCCGGCUCGGUCAUCGAAAUUAAAGACGAGACGGUACGAAUCGCGUUAAAAACGAAAACUGCCAACUUCCUAAUACAAUAUAUGUUUUAAUCAAUCGCGGAUACGCGACGGUAUAAACGAGCAAAUAGAAAAAAGUAAAAAAAAAAAAGAAAAUGUGAGAAAAAAUGAUCCGAACGAAAGGCGCGGAAAAGACGAUGUUCGUUCGAAAGAAAAGCUUGUUUUAGAGAAAUUAUGUUACUUUUUUUUUUUUUUUUUGCGAGAGAUGUACUUAUACAAUACAAUGGCUGGAAGGAUGAAACUCGUGAAACGACUAUUUACAUUUCCUUUUCCUUUUUCCUUUCUCUAGAACGUAAAUUCGAUUAAAACGCUUUAAAUUCGACAACGUAUACUCUCCACGCGAGUCCAACUUCGAUCUCGAAUAAACGUAAGCGUGUAAACGUUCAAUCGAGAUCGAGGAAUCGAAGCCUUUUCCGUCGCUCGUCCUGCCAGAGGAAAAUACAAUAUAUAACGAGACAAGCGUAGACAAAUCGAGGGAAAAAUCGGAUCUCCAUCCCCGAAAUCCCCGCGUAAAAGAAAACAAAUAUUUAUGAAAUCGUGCGUAGCUCCGACCGAAAAGGAACGAAAGUACGACGAUAUUGCGCGACGAGUCGUCUCGACGAGAGUACCAAAUUCUAAAACUGUAAACUUUAAAUAAUAACGCUGAUGCAUUAUAUUGUAGAAACGUAUUCUACGAUCGUAAAAAAUAAGAUAAAAGUGACAAUGUAGGUACACAAUGAACAUACACACGCGGACACGAGAAACACGCAUACAUAUACAUACAUGUAUACACGUAAGGAGCAUGCGUCUAUGAAAUUAAAAAAAGAAAAAAAAAGAAAAAAGAAAGAAAAAAGAGAGAAAAAGAAAAAAAAAAUUGAGAAGGAAACUGAGUGUACGCACGUUUCAUACGCACAACACACAAACUGAUACACAACACAACGCACAUUACUCGAAAAGAAACACUUGAAUACCCCGUAGGUCGGGCGAUUACUAUCUCGAAGCGUUUAUAUAUAAUUAAUUAUAUACCUACUUUUACUGGCACUCGGUAGAUAUAGGUACACCGUUAACGUAUACCUAUACUAUCCGACUCACUUUUACGUGGCAGUAACGCCGACUUAUAUGACAAAGGAAAACGGGAGAGAAAGAAAAAAAAAAAGAUAGACGAGAGGCGAAGAAAGUUAAAUAGAAAGAAUGUAAAGAGAAUAUGUAUAACAAAAAAAAAAAAAAUUUAGCGAUCGAGCGAGUGAGAAAGAUAGUUUAAGUAGAAAAAUCGAACGACGUGCGAAAGAAAAACGCGUUGCGCUUACGCGGAAAAAGAGCGUCAAAAAAAAAGAGCGAGAAUAUAAAUAAAAUAUACAUAAAUAAAAAAAAAAAUAAAUAAAAACAUAGAUUAGCGCGUAGACAUAUAGAUUCGAAAUAACCGAAUGAUCGAAGAUGAAAAAAUACAAGAGAAAAAGAAAGAAAGAAAGAAGGAGGAAAGAUGGAGAACAAAGUCGAGAGCGAAAAGCGUGAAUGAGGGUGUGCGAGCGGAUACGCUAUUCCGAGGAGCGCGUGCGUGCGUGUUUCUGUGCGUGACUGAGUUUUGCAUGAGUGCGUGCAUCCACUGUGGUCUGUAUCUUAAGCGGAAGUUCCUGUUCCUCGAGAUGGCGAAGAAAGAAAGAGAAAAGGAAAGCGAAAGGAAUGCGGGAGAGAGAGAAAGAGAGAGAGAGAGGACAAUGGCUAAAGAAAAAUAUAAAUACGAGACCGACUCUCGUCGCGGACGAGAAGAAUCAGACGCGAUCGCGAAUCAGGCCGAGGAAGAGCGUCUUCUUGUCCCUCCCUCCUGUCAAAAUCGUAUAUCGGUGCGUGCCUGAUCGAAUAUUUCGAGGAAAUCGAUUAGCGUCGAAGCGCCGAAUACCGUAGCCUCGAUUCCGAGAUAGAACACGAGGAAAUCACUUAUUUUUCAUAAUUAUUUCUUACCAGCGUCGGUUCUUCGAAGAUCGAACGUCUUCUCGUGUUCUAUUGUGGAUCAUCGAAAAUAAUGGUAUUCCGCGUGUUCGCUCGAUCGAUAUUUUCCGAAAAUCGGAAAGAAUAUCUGUAGUACGUACGUACACACAUACAUACAUACGUACAUAUGCAUAACUUACGGCAGAAUUCGUUUACGAUUUAGUCAUGCGUCAUUAAUAUCAUUUUUUUGUAAUGUCCGAAUAAAACGUAUAUCAUAGUCGAAGAUAAAAGUUACGCCGAUAAUCAAUUAUCGGUUCAUUCGUUUAACGAUAAUCAUUGUGUUGUAUGUUGUGCGAAGUGUACAAUGCAGCAAACGCGCGAACGUUAUUACGAGACCUCCGAUAUAGUCCUCUCUUCUUUUAUAUUUCGAAAACCGUAUUCCGUUCCGCGUCGUCUCGUCUCGGCGUCCACCGAACGCUAGAUAGAAUCUUUUCCUUGAAAGAUCGAUCUGCAUUAGUGCUGCCAUACGUUAGACAAGUAGUCUCGUUGGAUCCCGAAGAAGUAUUUUAUGAGAAACGGUAGCGCCAAUAUCGAUACAUUUAUUGAGAGGAACAAUCUUUUGAGCAUAUACAAAUUAUUGAAAAAUAUAUCGAUAUUAUGAUAUCGAUGUUAAUACCUAUUAAUCGAGAAAUAUAAUCAAUUUAAAAAUAAAUUCAGUUUUUUUUUCACAUUCCAUUAUUCCAUUAUUUUACAACCUUUCUUAACUCGUGCUUCUGUUUGGCGUCUCUCUGUCUUGCCUCGGUACAUGAUUUUCUUUUUGCUUAUUAUUACAUUUCCGUACUUGCAUAUUUUUCUAAAUUUCUCUUCGAGCGACUUUUCACGGUCCUACGAGAUUUUCAAAAGCUACAAAGAAGAUCUACUUUCGCGCGUAUGCCUUCGCACUGAACAAAGUAAAAAGCAUGUAAACUGGCCUUCAGCGAGUUUGCGAGCGCGACGAAAAAGAAUAUGUCGUAACAUACAUAAUCGAGUCAAGGGAAGGACGAAAGACGAGACGUAAAAAGCGAUGGAUAACGAAUGCGUCUAAUGCGUGCGUCCGCGCGUGAAUGUACGUGUGAAUACGAGUGUAUACGAGGUUUGAAGGAAACGUAUGCGCGCGCGCGAGCGAGAGGAAGAGAGAUAUGAAGAGAGAAAAUGAGAAAGAGAAGGAGACACAGCGCGUUGAGUUAACGCGCGAGGCAUAAAGUACGUCGUAACUGGAACGCUUGCGUCGACUGCCAAGAAAAGAAUGAAAAACUCGAGGGUUGUAAGUCGUGAGAAAAAUAAUAAAAGAUAAGGAAAAAGAAAAGACGUGAAAUGUGGGAAGAGAAGCGAAAAAGGGCAGAGGCUCUCCCAGUUACUUGCUCACUGAAAUAAUAUUCUAAAUAACGUUCGUACGCGACAAAAAUCUAGAUAUACAUUGGUAUAAUGCGAUAUUAAUUUACGUACAAAUAAGUAUCGAGACAUAAAAAAAAAAGGAAAAAGAAGAGAAGGAAAGGAGAACAAGAAAAAAUAAUGAAUAAGCAGGCGUUGACAUUGACGCGCGCACGUUACAAACGAAAUCGAAUAGUAGUAAAGAAUUUCAUGGUUUACCAAGAACAAGAAAAAUACGUAUAUUCCUAAGAUCGCUAGAUAAGAACUUAGAAUAAUUAAUAUCGUUCAUUUGAAACAUUAACGUAAAUAGUACGUCAUUUUCAAUGAAAGUCGUCGUAAAUUAAGAGCAAGAAAGAAAAGAAUUCUUUAACGAUAAAUACAAUCGAAAUUGCACUUAUUUCUUGGCUCUAAAUUCUUGUCAAAUUCGACGGGGUAAAUGAACUCGCGUUAAUAUCGAUUUGAUCGAUGAUCGAUAGACUCACGUAAGAUUUUUAAUUUGUCCGUAAUACCGAACCUACUUUUAACGAUAAUAAUGUCAGUGCGAAUCGAACUUAUCGACGUCGAUUCCUGAUCCCGAAUGCCUAAAUCAAUGCAAUUUUGAAAGAGCGUAACUCGAAAUCUUUAACGAAAUCUCUGCCGAACGAAUAAAAAUAAAAAGAAAUGAAAUGUUCAAGGUGCGCGCGUAAUUGUCCAAAUCGUGCUUGCUAAGAGGAACACGAAUUCUAUUUAUAAAAACGCUGUACAUUGCGAAGGCGUAUAAUUUACAGCGAAAUGUCUAUAGGACUUGUAAGGGAACGAACGAUACAAGAAAUAAAGAAAUAUCGAGAGAGAGAGAGAGAGCGAGAGAGAGAGAGAGAGAGAGAGAGAGAGAGAGAGAGAGAGAGAGAGAGAGAGAUUGAGAAAGAAUGAAGAAAAACAACAAAACAAGAUCGAGAUCAGCAGUGGUACUUGCGUUACACGCACCGUUAAAAAUGGCGACGAAUACAUUAUUCACUGUUACAUAAAAAACAAAAGAAAAGAAACAAAGUGUAACACAAAAACGUAUCGUUGCAUGAUCGAUAUACCUAAAAAAUUAUUACUACGUGAUACGUCAUUAUUAUGUAAAGUUUUUAUUGAGUGAGUAAAAUUAUGUUAUCGAUGAA